AUGGAUCCUGCAGAGCUCAAACGGGUGUUCCAAAUGUUUGACCAAAACUCAGACGGCCGGAUCACAAUAAACGAACUCAACAGCUCUCUAGAGAAGUUGGGUAUUUUCAUCCCCGACGACGACCUAACUCAAAUGAUCGAGAAAAUCGACGUAAAUGGAGACGGCUGCGUUGACAUCGACGAGUUUGGUGCAUUGUAUCAGACACUCAUGGGCGAGCGGGAUGAGGAGCAAGACAUGAGGGAGGCAUUCAAUGUCUUUGAUCAGAACGGAGAUGGAUUCAUCACAGUCGAGGAAUUGAAGUCGGUAUUAGCCUCCCUGGGGCUCAAGCAAGGGAGAACCAUAGAAGAUUGCAAGAAUAUGAUAAGGAAUAUUGAUGUGGAUGGAGAUGGCAUGGUUAAUUACAGGGAGUUCAAACAGAUGAUGAGGGGUGGAGGGUUUGCUACUUUCAGUUGA